UCUUGGAUAAUUUAUUGUCUAAUACUGUAAUUGGCCCAUUUAUUUUUCGCAUCAUAAUAAUUGACAACUAUAAUAAACUAAAACAUAAAAAACGGAAAAAUUAAACAACGAGAAAUGAAAGAAAAAACUGAAGAAGGUUGCACCUAAUUUUUUUUAAUACUAAAGUAAUCAACGUAAAAUUAUUGUAAUUAAUAAUACUUAUUAUUGAAAAAACAAUCAUUUUAUUAAUAAAGCUGGAGGCAGGUAAAAAUUGAGUUUUUUUAUGCAGUUAUAUUUGGUGGUGGUGGUGGUGGUGACGCAACGACGACGAAACUGGAAAAGGAAAAACGCCGCAAGACCGCGCACACAGAAGAAGAAGGAGGAGGAGGAGGAAUGUACGUGGAGCUCUUACCUGCCUUUUCCAUUCCGUACCUCUUCUUCCGAUCACUACUCUCUUCCCCCUCGCUGCAUUAAACCGAAUCUCGUCGGCCACAGACGGGGAGAGCUGAGACUCGCCACGGUGUCGGCGGCGCUGGCGUUGACGGCGACGGGCAAGAGGUGCAGGAUGAAAACUUCGCUCAAAAUAUUGCGAGGGGCGCUUCACAAACACAAUAACGAUGGCGAUGCCGGCGGUAGAGACGGACGAGAUCUUCGCUCCUUGGCUCAAUUGGACGAACUUGCAAGCGCUUCUCAGGAUAUGCAGGACAUGAGAGAGUGUUAUGACAGCUUACUCUCUGCAGCAGCAGCAACAGCUAAUAGUGCUUAUGAAUUCUCGGAGUCUUUGCGAGAGAUGGGUGCCUGCCUUCUUGAGAAAACUGCAUUGAAUGAUGAUGAGGAAAGUGGUAAAGUCUUGUUGAUGAUGGGGAAAGCGCAGUUUGAACUUCAGAAACUUGUUGAUGCCUAUCGUGCUCAUGUGCUCCAAACAAUCACUGUGCCAUCAGAUUCUCUUCUCAAUGAGCUGCAAACAGUUGAGGAAAUGAAGGAGCAAUGUGACGAGAAAAGAGAAAUGUACGAGUAUAUGAGGAUGAGGCGGAGAGAAAAAGGGCGUGGAAGGAGUGGCAAAGGAGGAGAGAGAGUAGAGAGCUUCUCUGUGGACCAAGUGCAAGCAGCUCGUGAUCGGUAUGAUGAGGAAGCAACCUUGUUUGUUUUCCGGUUGAAAUCCUUAAAGCAAGGACAAUCACGUAGUCUUCUUACUCAAGCUGCGAGGCAUCAUGCUGCACAGAUGGCCUUCUUUAAGAAGGCUCUUAAAGCACUUGAAGAAGUCGAACCACACGUGAAAUCUGUCACUGCACACCAGUUCAUUGACUACCACUUUGCUGGUCUUGAUGAUGAAGAUGAUGGUGAGGAUGACGAUGAUAACAACUCCAGCGAUACUAAUGAUGAUGGGGAACUUAGUUUCCAGUAUGAUCAAAAUGAUGAUGAGCGUGAUGUUUCUACAUCAAGAGACUCGAUAGUGUUGGACGGUGGAGACCUAACCUUUCCCAAAGUGUCAACUUCAGAAGCUAGAAAGGAAAAUUUUGGCAGAAGCUACAGAUCUUAUUCUUUCAGAGGAGAUGCUCGAACGGGAAGUCAAUCAGCUCCACUUUUCGCCGUGAGGAAGUCAGUUUCAGUUGACAAGUUGGAACAGUUGCGGCCAUCCUUCGCAAAGAAAUUCAGCUCCUAUGUCCUUCCCACACCAAAUGAUCCCAAUGGCCGUAGUCCCACCACAGCUUCUAGUGGUCCGAUUCCUCGAACCUUUAAUGGGGGUAAGCAUUGGUCACAUUCAAACCGUCAUGAUCCAAAGAAGUAUGAAAAACUCAUGGGAGAUGAGAAAAUGAAUCCAAAAUCAGUCCUCAGAGAGAGCAACAACAACAAUUCUGAUGCAGCUACUCGGUUAACUCCUCCAAUGGCAGACAGCCUUUUGCUCUCGAGGCUCGAUCCAGGUCGCCGCGCAAUCUCCGAUUUUAGUAAGACGAACCAAAGACAAGCCUUUUCAGGCCCCAUUGCAAGGAAAUCAUGGCCCUCCAUCCCUUCUCCACUGGACCAGCAUGCUCAGCUCUUAUCUGGGCCGCUGUUGCAGACUCGAAUGUCCCAAAUGCCAUCUUCCUCUCCUACCAUAUCUCCAAGUACUUCACCUACCUUGCUAUCUUCUCCUCGGAUAAGUGAACUCCACGAGCUUCCCAGGCCUCCAAGGAAUCCGUUGAGCUUUGCAGGAGUUGGUCAUUCAGCUCCAUUAUCAUUUCCCAGAGGCCAAGCAGCAGCAGUAGCUUCUCUGUUGCCUGUUCCUUCUCAGGUCUCCCGGAGUUUGUCUAUACCAUCUGGUGGUCAUAGAGCUGUAGCAUCGGUCCCUUCAGUGGAGUCGUUAACUCCCCAGGCGACUCAAAAUGCUGAGAAUGUUGAAGAAGUUUUUUUCUCGCCGCCUCUGACUCCUCUUUCUCCAUUGGAUGGUCAACCAAUGGCUGCAGCUGGUUCCCAAGUCAAAGAUUCACAAGGAUUGUAAUGGGGGUUGAUGGUGGCGCCAUUUCUCGAGGGGAGUUGCUGGGGACAACUGUAUAUAACGGUUCUUCUCCUCUGUUGAAGUUCAUCGUCCUUUAUAUUCAUCAGUGAAGAAAGUUUUGUUCCAUAUCUAGGAUUUCGGUCUCGUUUUACCAGUGACGAUUAUAGUUAUUAUAAGCACCCCAUUUUACUUCUGCAAACAUGGAUUGUUGGUUGAGCCAUUCAAUUGUAGUCUGUAGAACCAUAAGCAAGAUAAGAAAUGGAAUCCGGAAUUUCUUGUCUUUGUAAACUUUGGCUCGUGUAAUUGGAGAGGGUUCUAGUUUCGUUGUGGCUUGACAUCGUAAUAGUCGAAAGGAUGAAUCUUCAAAUGACAGUAAGAACUAGUUGUUCUUUUUAUUCGUGAUAUCGUAGUUGUUAUAUUAAGUAUUGCCGUACUAAUCGACGUACCAAGUUUGAGCUAACAAGUGACGAGGGCAUAUUUCAGAUUAGCAUUGAGUUGAACCCGCAUAUAAAUUGACGACGAUCUC